UCUUCUGGCCCUCCAGGACCAGGGAUUUGCUGGAGGCCCGGCGGCAACUUCCUUCUGACCGCAAACACAACUCUACCCGGUGCAUCAUCCGACACUAGAGAAAUUUCGGGUGUGCGUCUAGCCGUCGCCCACAGGGAUGAGCUGGCGUUUCGCAGGAUGCGGAACCGCCUUAGGUCAGAAAUCCGCCAAUGGAACAUACGAAAACCAACCACCAUACUAGACCUCGAAGGUCAGUUCACACUCUGUUGGUUGGUGGUCUUUUUGUCACCGCGCUGGCGAUACCGAGUGUUUACUCUCCUCGUGAUGGGCGGCACCACUCCUUCAAGAGCGCACUAUCAACCGUUGCCAGAUGCUGUUGAGGAAACACCCCUAUCUAUCCCCAUUCUGCACCCUGGCAGAUACAAAGACCAAUUUUUUCGGGACAUAUACAACUAUCACCAGUGCGGAGGAUUUUGGGCGAUCUUGUUGACCGAAAUCGUAUGGUUUAUCAAAUUCCUAUUCAUCGUCUUCGUGGGGAUUGAACUCACUGUAUGCACACGUUGGGAAGUGCUAGCCAACCACUCAGUGUAUAUUAACGAAUGGAGCGAUGCGUUUACUCCGCCCAACAAAUGUUGGGCCACAUUACCCUUGCUUCCGUCAUUACUCGUCGCAGGUGCCGUGUUCGCCCUCUUGAUACAACUGGUUCUCUGUAGUCAACGUCUCCAGCGCUUUUGGGAGACACGGCUGUUUUGUACCAAUGUGCUGGGUAUGCCUCAGUCGUCGACAGGUCUGGGUGAUAUGACUUGGUCAGACGUACAAAAACGUCUCAUUACGAGGAUGCCUCAAACUGAAAAACUCGAUGAGCUAGCAGUUUACAACCGCAUUUUGCGUCACGAGAAUUACUUAGUUGUUAUGAUCAACCGAAAGAUCCUACCAGUUCACUUCAGUAUCCCGUUAUUCUCGCCUCCUUGGAACUAUCCAUAUCUUCCAGACGGUUAUCUAUUCAAUAUAAAAAUGCUGCUAUUCUGGACACCUUGGUCACCGUUUUCACACGGUAGUCGGUUGCAACCGGAAUACAGGGACCCAACUAGACAACAAGAAUUGGCCGCACAUCUUUCUAAAAUGUCUUGUAUAUUGGGAUUACUUAAUCUCAUCUUCGCUCCAAUUAUUUUGAUCGCACAAGCGCUGGUAUUUUUGUGCUCGAACGCUCAACGCAUCCGUUUCCAUCCGGCCAGCGUCUUCGGUCGACGUUGGUCGAACUACGCGCAUCUGUAUUUGCGAAGCGUCAAUGAACUUCAGCACGAAUUCACCGUACGUAUUGGCCAGGCCUAUGAUUCAGCUGCAAAGUAUCUGGAUUGCUUUGUAUCACGCAAUUUGGUCACCUUGGCCGAUGCCGCUGCCUUCAUACUCGGAAGUGCUUCAGUUGCGUUCUUCGUUUUGGGCCUUGUACAUGAGCAGAUGAUGCACCUGUCAGGCUAUUGGGCCAUUUUAGUAGUUGGCGGGUUGGUAGCUCGUAUAUGCAUCAGUUACAUUCCUGACGAACAAGUGGUACAGUCACCAGAAGUAUUACUGCGAGUAACUCUGAGUAAAAUUCAUCACAGCAACGACCAGUGGAUUCAGAAUGCAGCCACUUCACGCGUUUACACCGAGUUUUCUCAUUUGUUCCAUUACAGAAUCGUGGGAGCGCUGGAGGAUAUUCUAUCACCUAUCCUUACACCUUUUUUACUACUGUUUUUCUUACCCAACCAUACGGCGGAAAUUGUGAGUUUCUUUCGAAAUUACACGGUUGACCUUGGGGACUUAGGGCAUGUUUGCAGCCUGGCAACUUUAGAUGUGGGGCUGCAUCGAGAUCCUGAUUUCCAGUUUGACGAUGACGGAACCGAGACGGCCGUUUCUGAGAGUCCACCUGAGGUUGCAGCUUCGCAACCAAAGCCUUUAUCCGGGGGAAAGUUGGAAAUCAGCUUGAUAGCCUUUCAUCAAAAUAAUCCCGACUGCAUUCUUCCAGAUGCCAGCCGUAGCUACCUGCAGUCUUUCAAAAGGCAACUCAUGAAAGAACUUCCGCAACCGGCUCCCCUAUUUCAACCCGCAGCUUUCAACAGCCAGGAUCAGACUUUUGGCAUCGCACCACAGGGACAGCUUUCGCCACUUCCAUCGAUUCCUCCUGGGGCACGCAUAAAGAACGUUUCUCACUUACCUGGCCCGGGAUAUAUUGACACAGCAACUUGUGGUGUGGUUGGUGCUCUGACGGAGUCGAUGAAAAGUUCGAUGCACCGUUCUGAUCCAGGUGUCACGUUCCCAAUUAGCACAACCAGGCCGUCACCACGCAAUGCAUCUAAACCAUCUGGUUCUAUCGAAGUUAGCGAGGACAACGCGAACAUUGUUGGUGGUCUACGGCCCUCGGACCAAGCGGACCAGUCCUGUAUUGGUCCUGGUCAUUCCGUCUACCAGGCGCGGUACCCUUCGGAUCUUUUAAAUACAAGUUUGAUGCUAGCCUACCAAGCUUAUACUCCGUAUACCUCACAAAUGGAGAGCGGAUCAAGCCAAUACUGGGAGCUUGCCAGUAGUGCGAUCAACGGUCAAGCUGGCCGCGGUGGAUUAACGGCCCUCCUCACCGCAGACACAUCGGCUAGCAUUUUAUGUCUACAAGAGCUUGUUCACAGACGGCGGCUUCAGCAGUCGGUAAGUUUAUCUGCUUCGCAGCACCCUUAUCAUGGCAAGAACCAUGGCACUGAUUCGGGAGACGCCUCAUUCUCCGCCUUCAGACCCCCCUCACCUUACCAAGCACCUUGCACGUCUGGUACAUCAUCUGCUUCCACUCGAUUCAAGCCCCCGGUAGGGAGAGCUAUAGUGGAUCCUGGAGCUUUCGCGAGUACGCCUCAUCGUUUCGGUUAUGGUGCAAUAGGUUCUACUGAGACUCUCGGCAUAGUCCGAACGUCCGUUGAAGGUCGCCGCAUACAAAGACCGCUCGUUGCAGAAGCAGUUGAAGAGGAUGAUGAAUUAUCCGUAACCCCGAGAGGUACUCCGAGGGGAUUUCCCCUGGUGAGAGGCACUGGCGAUUCUACCCCACCAUCCCGCCCAACGGGUAUCAGUAACAUGCCUACUGGUGUUGUGACUGUUUCCACCAGCCCAUCACUUCGGGCGCCAAUCAUGCAACGUGCAGCUGGAGUGGUCGAUGACGCCGAAAAUGCUCCUAUGGACCGCGAAGACACUGAUCCUAAUCAUAUCUUACCGGACCUUCCACCAACAAACUGCUAGUUUUCUUCUCAUUCGGAACAUUUAACUGCUGGGUUCCAUUGUCACACUUAUCGGGAUUUUCAGUUGUUCUCCUUUUCACCCUAUCACGUGAUACUCUCUAUCAUGACGUUUGCUUGUUUCACGAUGACAGGAUCAAGUGCGUGUUUACGGUUGAUCGUUCCCUUCAUUGUUUUGUACAGCUUAUCCGUUUAUUUGUGAUCCUUACAACAAACACCUCUUAACCCUGCUUGAAAAUUUUUGCAGAUUACUUGGUACUUCCCUUUUCACCAUUUUGCUUGGCCAACUAUUAAUCAUAUUUUCCUUUAUCACAUCCUUGUGGUUCUAAUGGCUAGUGUCUACAAAAACAC